AUGAAUACUUUUUCACUACUCUCACAUGAUGGUCUUUCACUUGCUGGCUACCAUUGGCCGACUAAAAAUACCAAAUCACCAUAUGCUUUAUUAAUUCUUAUUCAUGGCUUCGCUGAACAUAGUCUUCGUUAUGAACACUUAGUUGAAUGUUUUACUAAACAUAAUGUGGCCAUCGUUGCAAUGGACCUUCGUGGUCAUGGUCAAAGUGGUGGACAACAUGUGUUUAUUCCAUCCAUUGAAGCAAUCUUUCAAGAUAUAGAUUUAUUAAUAAAGAAAGCAAAAACAAUAUAUCCAUUAUGCCGAACUAUUCUUUAUGGACAUUCAAUGGGUGGAAGUCUAGUAUUAGCGUAUACACUCGAUAGAUUUUUGACUAAAGCGCAUCUAUGUCCAUAUCAAGCAUUAAUAGUUGCAAGUCCUUGGAUUCGGCUUGCUCGACCUUUUCAGCCUCCGCGACCUGUUUUUUCGGUAAUUCGAACUGCUUGUCGACUUCAUCCUUCUAUGAAUGUUCCACUUCGAUUUGAUCCAAGUAAAAUAACACGCGAUCAAGAUAUUAUUAAUUCAUAUGGUCUUGAUGAAAGUGUUCGCCGAUCAGGAACAUUGUCACUUGCGCGUCAUGCCGGUGGCAUGGCAGCAAAACUUGAUCGAAUACAUGCUGUAUUUUAUAUACCAGUUUUAAUUCAACAUGGUGAAGCUGAUUCGAUUACAUGUCAUAGAGCGAGCCUUCGAUUUUCUCAACGAGGACAAAAUAUUGAUUAUAUGGGUUGGCCGAAUUGUUAUCAUGAAUUACAUAGUGAACCCGAACGAGAGGAUAUCUUUAAUUUUACACUUAGAUGGAUAGGAGAAAAACUUUUUUCUUGA